AUGAUAUCAAGCUUUCAAGAUAUCACAUAUAGAUUCAAAGAGGCUUCAACUCGUUUAAAAAGCGGUGAAAAUAUAGCCACUAAAAGAUUCUCAAACUUAGAAAGCAUGUCAGCAACCGAAAUUAUGGAUUCUCGAGUUGAUUCAGGAAUGAUUUUAGUUCAGCUUCCAAAAGUGCAGGAAUUGAUUAACGAUAAUAUCAUCCCAAAACUGUCAGCACUCUCUGAAUCUGACCUUUUAAGUAUAUGCCAUUUACAAGUUAAAAAUUUCGCUCUUUGGCUUGAAGGCCAAUCUCUUCCACAUACACUGUAUUCUUGUGUUUAUCUGCACACUCCAGAAUUAUUGAAUGAAAAUCCAAUAUUAAAAUCUUUGCUUAAAUGCAUUGUUUUUAUUGUGGACUGUGUGCAUAGGCAUGUGCUGAAAAUCACAUCUCUAGCUCAUUUCAUACAAUUAAUUUCUGAAAUAAUAUUAUUUUUGUAUUUAAUAAAGUUAUAUGCAAAAAUUUAUCAAAAUAAGAGAAGAGAUUAAGAGAAGACGAUUAUUCAUAUACAUCAAUAAAAUUUUUAGCAUUGUUUUCAACUGAGCAAGAUGUUGAAAGAGAUUUAUUGAAUGCUGAACGAUCAAUAGGAGAUGAAAAUGAACUUUUAUUGGCUUAUUUGAGAUCUUUUAGAGGAUUAUUUUAUAUCAUUUCAGGCUUAUUUAAACAAAAUUUAAAUGGGAGAGGAAGUGCUGAGACAAAUAUUCUCUUCACACUGAGGCAGCUAGAAAAUAUGAGCGAAAGAGAUUUAGGAGAAAUAAAUACAGGAAUUUUUAAUAGCUCUUAUUGCUUAGUGAAGCUACCACAUUUUCCGCCAACUAAGGUAGAGCUCUUCAACGUUAGCGGAUUGCUCUGUCCCGAAAAUCUCCCGAGACAAUGAGGAGUUGGUUUUUACCAGCAAAUAUUUGUAGAACCAACUCUUAAAUGACAAAUCUGCAAUAUUUAGUGGAUUUUUCAUUUCAAAGGCAUUUCACCGCAUUUGCUGGUAAAGCCAACCCCCAAUCAUCUCGGAGACGUUGGGAUCAUAACAGUCCACUAGCUAAGAUACUCUAUAUAUGAGGUAGAAAAAUAUACAUUUGCUGAUGCGAUUGUGAGAAUAAGAAAAUUUCUUGUAUCCAUGUCAAAAUUAGCUGCGAUGCCAAUAAUUGAUGACUUUGAAGAUCUUAUAACAUAUAUGAACACUAUUCCUUCCAAUGAUAUUGUUUCAAAAAUUUUGUAUGAUUACCAUCUAUUUUCAAGGAAAAAUGAUGAGUGGCAAAUAUUUUAUUCUUUUCCAUUUAAAAGAUUAAUACUCAAUAGUAUGCAUAAAAUUGGAAUAGAUACAGCAUUUUUAAUUCAAAAUGAUUCAUUUACAAAUUAUUUUAAAAAAGUAGAAGUAGUCUUCAAUAAUAUCUGAUAAUUGUUUUAAAAAAAAAAUUUAUUUUAAAAUUUUUUAUUUUAUUAAUAAAGAAAUAAUUCUUCAAAGAGCUCGUUUCUUUGACUUUGAAAAAUGACACAAGACAAAGAAGAACUUUAUCAAAAUAUUUCCCUGAUUUCAAUAUUUUAAUAAAUGAAGCAAAUUUUACAGAAGAAGCUAUAUAGCUUUUUUUGCGCAUUUGCUUUGAAAGUGAUGAGAGUUGAAAUAGAGGGCGAACUUUUUUCUAAUGCAGUGCUGCUUGAAAGAAGCAAGAAACAGUAAGUUUAGUAUAUUAAUAAUAUAAUGCUAAUAUUUUUAUAAAAUUUAUGGAGAGGAGUAAAUCAUUGAGAAUUUGGAAAAAUUAAAUUCAAGGAUACUGGCUGCCGACAAUACUAUGAGUGUACUUAAAGCAUCAUUGCUACUGCUAAAGUUUGGAUUAAAAUCUCAGAGCAAAUUUUUACUUAUGCUAGAUUUUCUAAUAUAAAGAUCAAAACGGCAAAUAAUGGACUACAUCUUACUACUUAAAAAAACUCAAAUCUCUUUCGAUUGUAUUAAUAAAAAUUCAAAUGCUACCAAAUCCUUUUAGGUAUAAAAUUCGAUUAAAAGGUUCAAAUCUUCUUUAACUCAAUUUGGAAUAGGCCUAUUGCUCAGAUUCUAUUGUCGGUUUCCAUAUUUAGUUUUUAGCUUUAAAUUGGCAUGCCAAAAUCUUUAGGCUUGCUAAAAUUUUAAUAAAAUGGAGCCAAUACACAAUCUUAAAAGUGUCAAGAGAUAAAAUUAAUAAAGUUCCUACUUUCUUAGACAGCAUGGAAUCACGACAAAUGAAUACUACACCUUCUCUUAUCUCAAAUCAAGUACUCCUUUUUUGAAAUCUCUCUGCGUGCUAUUCCAAUUUUAGCAUCUGCCGUAUCUCAAAUCGAUUUCUUCUCUAUGGGAUUCCAAUCCAGCUUCCUAUAUCUAAACUUAAGAGAGCAAGAAAGAAGUUCCUUCAAGCUGGUAUUAGGGUAAUCCAACAAGCAACUUUCGCAUUAAUCGCUUAAAACUUAAAUUUAUUAGUCUGCUCCAAUUAAUAUACUGAAUUGAUUGCUCCUUGCUUUUUUCAAGCAAAUUUGUAUUAGAAAAAGUCCUCACCCUCUAUUUCAACUCUCAUCACUUUCAAAGCAAAUGUGCAAAAAAGCUAUAUAUGGAAAAAAUAGACAAAAUAUAAGCGAACAAUUGAUUUUCCAGUGGAUUUUUACUCACACAGUAUUAUAUAUGAUCCAAUAUGUUAGUUCUGGAUUUAAACUUGAUCUAUAUGCUCAAGAAGAAAUUGGCAUGAUUAUGUUUUAUAUGGACUUUUUAUACGGAGUUUACCUCAAUGGGCUUUCCUCUUUAUUAGAAUAUUUGAGUACAAAAUCAGCUAAAAAAAAGAAGUUAAAAGGGAUUAAACUCAUUCAAAAUGAAUUUCAACUUUCAUCUGCAAAACAAAUUUUAUGCAGAGGAAUAGUCAGAUUAUUCAUAAUUCUCCUUAAAAUGAAUCUUAUACAAAGAAUCCCUGAAGAAGCUGAAGAAAUAAGAUUCAGAAAUAGGUUUAAAAGAUUUGAUACUUUAGUAGUCCCUCAAAGGCUUGACUAUAGCUCAUGAUUAAACGUAAAAUCUUUAGCUGAAACUAUGGAUAUUGAGAAGUUAAUCACAGAUUGCCAAGAAUCAUUUGAAACAGCAAAAAAUCAAUUAAAGGAACUAGAUGGAAUUUUUAUGGUGAAAGAGCUUAUAAGAGUGUGUGUAUGGAAUUCAUUAGCCAUAACGAAAGGAGCAUGCUCAAAUUGGGAGUGCAAGCUUAAUGUAAUGUAUAAUGAAAGUCCAAUAUUUCCAGUGAUAUCUCUGGAGCCUUUACCUAACAACGCUACUAGUUAA